AUGCAGAACGUGGUGUGCUCAGGCUGUUUGUCAGCUUACGAUGUUCGUUUCAAGUGUACAACAUGUAAACCUAAAAGUCUUUUUUGUCCAAAAUGUCGCAAUCUACGACAUGAUGACCACAAAAUUGAAUUUAGCGAAAAUGAGCUUGCCCGGCGUGAAGCAGCAGAUAAAUCAAGAAACCCAGAACAAAAUACAAAUGUUAAUACAUUAAAAAUAUUCGACUUAUCUUCAGCACUAGCUGAGAAGGAAAUAAUCCAAGAAGAUGGAAAAAACGUCAAACUCGAAACUAUUUGUGCUAUUGAUGAACAUACUUUAUGGGCAUUAGGUGAUGCAACUGUCUUUUAUAUUACUUUGGGAGAGGAUUUGAAAGUUAAAAGUGACUAUAGUGCUGACAGAAUUUUUGAAAUUUCUUAUUCUAAAGCUGGAUUUCUUUACCUUACUCAAAAUGGUGAAAUAGGACGAAUCAAUUUAAAAGGAAAAUAUGAAAAGUUUGCUGACGAGUCUCCCUAUGGGUGUUGUGGAAUUUAUGCAUAUGAUUCAGGAGAUAUUGUGGUUGGGGUUAUAGAAAAUGAGACUGAUGCAGAACCAUUCCAUAAGAUUGUUAUGUACAACACAAAUGGGGAAUUGACGAAUUAUUUCCAAUAUAAUAUUGUCGAUACGCCUGACUUUAUUGAUGCUUUGCCUCAACAAAUUACUGUUAAUCCAUUGAAUGGAGACAUUAUAAUAAUAGACUGGAAUUGUGAAGUUUCAACUCGAGUUGUUGGCUUAUCUAAAACAGGGAACAUUCAUUGGAUGUUUCAUGGACCGUUCGAUGAACCUGAUGAGAUUUUUUGUCCAGAUGCCGUAGCUUGUGCGGAUAGUGGCCGUGUACUCAUACUUACUGAUAAGACUUUGCUAGUAUUGUCUCAAGACGGCAAUCUUGCUUAUAGGAAACCAAUUGAUUUAGAAAGUAUUGACUGUCUAACAAACAUUGGGAAAUAUUUAUAUUUUGUUGCAAGCGAUGGUUUUAAAAUCCACAAACUUUCUAUCACAUGUGUAUAA